CGUUGCGAUGGAGCACACCCUGCAUGUGGCCAAUGUACAAAAGCUGGUCGUGCCAUCGACUGCGAAUAUUCGGACGGCAAAGGCCCGACGGCCAGUCAAAUACUUGAGGAGCAAGUAUCGCAGCUGCAAUUACGCGUUGCCGAGCUCGAGAGUGUUAAUGCGGCACCUCUCACCCUGUUUGACCCCUAUGAGUCCUUCCGUAGGUCCCAAGGCGGCGGGGCGCUGCCUUCACAGCAACGCAAUCAGACACUGCACACUCUGUUGCGCACUUUCUUUCAUCAUUCCUCGGCAUUUGGAUUUUUUCUGCACAUUCCGCGCUUCCUCCAACAGGUUGCUUCUCCUCCAGGCACAGGCUAUCCUAACCACGUUACUCUUCUCCUGAACGCUAUCUACCUCGCGGGGGCGCAGGCUACCACGGAUGCGCAGUUGCGCGCGGGACAAUCGAGCUAUCUCGCCACUGUGCUCAACCUCCUCACGCCUGCACUUUCCGGAAGCGCCGACAAUGCGGCGAUCAUGUACGUUCUUCAGACCGAGAUCAUCCUGACAUACUAUUUCCUCGACAACAACCGAGGCAUGGAGGGCACCUAUCACUGGCGCGCAGCUACAUCCAUCGCCUUCGCCUGCAAGCUGCACCGCAUUCGGAGCUCGCGGUCUUCGUCUGGCAACCCCGCGGGCGGCGCUCAGUACCAACUCGGUCCUCCUGUGGAUAGCCUCGAAGAGGGUGAACGCAUCAACGCCUUCUGGCAAGUGCUCAUCCUCGACAAAUGUCUGAGCGUAGCGCUCUCGUCGCCUUCCGCCUUCACGGAGGACGAGGCCAAGGGCACGGUCAUCGACUCUCCUUGGCCGAUGGACGUCAGUGUAUACUUAACCAAUCCCCUGCCUCCUGGCGCACGUGGCAUGCGUACCAUACAAACGUACAUGCAAUCAAUGGGAUCUCCCAACCGAGAUCGGCACUACAUUGCUAUGCAGGUCAAGGCGUCAAUUCUAUAUGCCUAUGCCAGCGACCUUGCGAAGACGUAUAACCCUAAUGAUCACGCUUCAGUGUCGCGCUUCACCUACCUCGAUCGGGGGAUCGACCAGUUGGCGCGCGACCUACCUCCAAUCGCGAGGGCGGAACCCUCACGGCCUGAUAUCCUCCGCACGCUGCUCACCAUUCACCUAAGCGUCUACUGUGCUACGCUACAACUCAACACGCCCAUAGACAUGGCGGGAGUGAUGUAUCAAGGGAAGUCCUGGACGACGGCACUCAAUGCCGUCACGGUGCUGCAACAAGCCAACCUCGGCGCUAUCAAGUUCAUGGAACCAGGGGCAGCAUAUCUUCUCACUAUCGUUGCGGACAUCAUCGUACGCGGCAUCAUGACUCUUGGAGCCCAGAAUGUGAUCGACGCGUCGAAUCAGGCCGCUUUACUGGCCCCACUCAGCCAAAUUCUGUCUGCCAUGGAGUGGUGGGGCCGUACUUCGCCUGUCUUCCGUAUGUUUUCCGCUGCGAUGUAUCACGCAUAAACUGACCUCUCUUUAGAACAACAGCGCGCAAUCGUUCAAACUUUGCUCAUCCAGAUCUGAUGCAUAACCUGCAUGACCACCAUCCUCAACUGACAUCUCUCCUCUUGCUCGUGUAUUCGAAGGUCCUCCUAUUUAUUCACCGUCAUGUUACCUAAAUCAUUGCAAUGCUCGCUACUGCAAGUAGCGGCGAACUUGGACGCUGAAUGGUUUUGUCGACGCUGUAUUUGUAUGACAUGAUGUUGCACUUGUUAUUUAUUGUAUCCGAGUCUUCGAGACCGAAGAGC